CAAAAAGGGUCGAGCCGAGCGUGGAUCCUCGCCUCUGACAAGCUCCGCCAUCUUCCUCUUCUUGUCUUGCGCUGCGCAAAGACAUUUGGACAAAAGGCGCCAACGCCAAGUGACCAAGUGAUCGCUUAAAGGUCAUCGCAGGCAUAUAGUGGCCAUUGGGUGACCUCAUCGCCCUUGCCAUCGCCCCGGGCCUGCAAACGCGCCUGUCUAUGCGAUCGAGCCCAGGCGUCAGCUAUACACACUCCCUGGACUUGGCUGAGAGAAGGCUGCAGCCUUGACUCGACUUGCCGCGUCGCCGAUAUGCAUCCCGGAGGACAACAAGACGUGUCGUCGGUAAGGUCUGGCUCUGACGCGUUCGGAUCUUCUCCCUUUCGAGUAGAAGCUGCUGCAGUGUCGGAAGUCAACACACAUCGGCAGGAGGACGGGCUGGCUCGGAUUGUCAGUGAGCGCCAGCAGCAGCAGCAGCAGCAGCAGCCACAGCCGCCUCAACAACUCCCUCGUCACCACCAUCGGUCUCCUCCUCAGGCCGACGGAGCAGGCACGCAGUCGCAACGCUCCGAUGACAGUUUUUCUGCCUACCUGCAUCAGCCCCAAUCGAGCUCGCCAGCCAGCAGCCAGCACAAGGAGCAACGUACCAAUUCCAGGGAGCUCUCAUCUCCCCUUGUGGCGCCUAGGGACGCCAGUGUGCUGCAAACGCCAGUUGCCAGCCAUGUCGAGCGCGAUCACGCGCGUCCAGCACUGCAUGGACCGGGGCAGCAUCAGCUCCAUACGCCCUCCCACUCAAUGGCAGACCCAUGGCGACGCGAACAAGAAGUCAGCAACGCGUCGCGACCGCUUGUGAGCUACGAAAAUGACGACGACGACGCGCCCCACGGUUGGGGUGCAGUGCUGGCCUCAAGAAAAACGAGCCAGAAGACAGCGACACUCGAGUUAGAUCCUCGACACGCGUCUCCACCGAUCCUGAGCGAGCAUGGUGACAAUUGGGAAGAUGUCAAGGAGGACGAGGACGAGCUGGUCGAUGACGACGACGAUCGGAGCCAGGAGGCAGGCCAGGAACAUGCAGGCGACAUGAGCACGAGCUUCGCUACGAGCAGCAUCGAUGUCGAUGACUCUGUCGCGGGCGGGAAGAAGCGACGGAGAAGAAUGAACAAGCAAGAGACGAGCCAGCUGGCUUCCGUCUUUGCCCAGACACAGUUUCCUGACGCAGACACCCGACAGCAAUUAGCUGCGAAGCUGAAUAUGAGCGUUAGAUCGGUUUCUAUCUGGUUCCAAAAUAAGCGCCAGGCAGUCAAGAAGAGGGCGUCAAGGUUUGGCGGGGUAGAGGGCAUCAGAGGCGCCACCGUCGUUGCCAAGCGCUAUGAGAGCGAAGAGCCCGAACUUCGUGAAGUUUCUUCCUUUAGAAGAUGGCCCAGUCUGGACGACUUUGCCGGCAAGUCGAACCCCGAUGCCGAUAGUCAUCGUGAAGGAUCUCAGUCGCCUCGUGCUUCGCCACAGCGAGAGGCGCCGAGCCGGCCUCUACCGCUCUUGGACGCCUUUCAGGCCCGGACAGGUCACAAGCUCAGUCGCAUUGCAUCGAUGCCUGCCAUGGCCAAACUCGUUGGCAGUCAUUUCUGUGCUGACGGAGCCGCGUCUGGUCCUGGCCAAUCCCCCGAAGCAGUGACGUCCACCCCACGGAAGGACCUGCGAGACUUAAUCCUUGGUCGCCCGAGAAGCGGGAACAGCGCAUCACUGCAGCGUUCGAUGGGUAUGCACCAUCGCCCUACUCUACACCGCAGUGCCAGUGCCUCUGUGCUGCGGCCUGUCGCCAAUCAAUCUUUAAUGGAAGCUUGUGAGGAUAGCUCGGGGAACUGUCGAGUCAAUGGCCGGCCGAGGACCAACAGCGAGGUCGCCCUGCGGACGGGCUCCGAUGGCCAAGCCACACUUCUCAUCGAUGCGGAGCCUGCGAUGACUGACGCCAAAGAAGCGACGCUGGCUAGUGCGACAUCAGCAGUCGAUAAGAGACUUGCCAGACUGCGCAUGCCUUCAUCUUUGGCGGAAGCCCUUCGUCGACAUGGCCUCACCUCCAUCUCGUUGGGUGACAAAGCAGAUGAGGAUCAAGCCAAACGCAAAGAGGCGGCGAUGUGGCAGCGAAUGGAGAGCAGCAGCAGCAGCGCCAUGUCGGGCAGCGAUGGUGUCCACAAUGAGGAAGAUAACCUGGGACAAACGGAGGCCCGUGCACCUCGAGUCGACGAAGAGGAUGAAGAGACAACGCUGCGCAUCAUUGCCAACAGGCGAGCUGCAAAGCUCAAAGCCAAGAUGGAGCAGCACCAGGGCAAUAAAGAGAGUUGGAUCACCGAUGCUCGCGUGGCCUUGGGCUUGGCCAAGCCGUGUCGACAAGAUCAGCGCAACGUCUUGAAGCAACGCUCGCGCAAGAUGGUGUUGCCGUCUUUCAGGAAGUCCGCCUCGCAAUCUCGCGGAUACAGGAGCAUGGACAACUCUCUGAUUCAGUCUUCUCAUUUGCCGACCCUCGACAUGGCAGCCAACCGCGACAGGGCGCUUGCUCGCUCUCCAUCCUGGGGCAGCGUCGUGGAGAGUCGUCUGACCGAACGCAAGGCGAUUCCGUCGAAGGCGCAGGAUCGCAAAACAAACAGGUACCAGCAUGUCAGGGCCGCCAGUUCACCUCAGCAGCAUGCUCUGCAGAACGCAAGGCUCGACGGGAAGCAGCAGAAGGAUGCGGGAAAAGCUCGAUUAUACGGUAUCCCGGACGAUCGGCGCCAUGCGAUGGGAGCCCUCUCGGGCAACAGCCUGGCCCGCUCCACGUCGCUGUCGCGGAUGAACGAACAGCAGGCUUUACGGUUGACGGGUACGUACACAAGGUCGCUCUCUUCCACUGCCUCGCUGUAUCAACCCCAGCAAGCACCUUCGUCGGAGAGACGACCUGGCGCCCUUGGAGCACCCCGGCCUUCCUCCUUCUUAUACCCUGGCCGCUCCGAGAUCUUCCACUCCACACCACCUCUUUCGAUGCGCUACUCCCACAGUCGGGGUGACGCCAAUGCGAACGCAGCAACCGCGCCACUUGGCUUUGCAAGGUCUCAGAGUUCGGUCUUUGGCGUGCUCAGAAAUUCCUACGCAAACAGCCAACCGUCUCGCUUCGGAGCAUUACCCGCACACACGACCGCACAAGAGCCUCGCUUCGGUCUCGCAGCAGACGACGCCGAGGUAGAGGAUGCUGAGAACAUCCCGAGCCUGAACUCGUCGCAGAGGUCUGACGGAAGUGAUGACUGGACGGAUCGGUGGACGGCCGAGCGCAGCCCCGAUAAGGCUGCACCAUUGACCUCGCUAACGACCGGACGUACGAGCCUUGGUGCUGGUCAGCUCGCUGUAGCCGGACAUAGCCCAGGCAAGCACGAUGACUCGGGCUUCUUUGGUUCAGAUGAGGAGGAAGAGGGAAGUCUGCGCCGCUCAUUCAACAGCAAGAAGAGACUAUCUUCCCCUUCGUCGACGUCUUCCCCACCCCUCUUUGCCACUUCUUCGCCCGGUAAGAAGAGAAAGAACGCGAAAAACAGCAGUGACAGGAAAGCGCUUGGAUCGGCUACUUCGAGGACCAACUCUGCAAAGUCAUCGCCUUCCAAGGCCGCUCAUCAUUCCUCGGAUCGAGAUCGACUGGCGGCAGAGAUGCUUCUCGACCUCGGUAGCCAGUCUCAGUCUUAGGAUAAGCACCGUAGCCUCAUUAACUUAUUUAUAACCCUCGCCCUUUGAAUUCCUUUGUCCCCUUUCCAUCAAUUUCCUGUCCCUUCCACUGUUGGUGAUGUUACAGCUAGGUACCACGAGAGGACAAGCAAUUAUUUUGUUGUGAAGGAA